GAAUUUACAGCUGCCUCCAUUGUCACAGAGACAGAGUGAAAGGGCCAGGACCCCCGAGGGAGAUGGCAUUUCCAGGCCUACCACACUACCUUUGACAACACUCCCCAGCAUCGCUAUAACAACUGUGAGCCAGGAGUGGCAACCCACAUCCACAAGGAGGCUAGUGACAGAGGAGGCACUUUGGCGCAUUUUCAGAGGCAAAGGCAGCCUGAUAAAGCGCCUUGUGACAGGCUGACUUGCCAUUCUCCCAGUACGCCGCUCUUGCUCUGAACAGCUCCAGGAUUGGAAGCAGAGCUUCCCAAAUUAGCCUGGGAAGAGUGCGGACGCAGCAGCCUUUUAACCCGCGGCAGUGUCUUUGCUAUGUUCAAGACUGUUGUUUUGCAUGGUGAAAGCUAGCGCGCUCCAAACGAGACAUGACAGCAAAAAAUUCUCCCAAAGAACUUACUGCUUCUGAACCCGAGGUUUGCAUAAAGACUUUCAAGGAACAGAUGCGCUUGGAACUUGAGCUUCCAAAGGUACCGGGAAACAGACCUACAUCUCCCAAAAUUUCUCCACGCAGUUCACCAAGGAACUCACCAUGCUUUUUCAGAAAGUUGCUGGUGAAUAAAAGCAUCCGACAGCGUCGUCGCUUCACUGUGGCUCAUACAUGCUUUGAUGUGGAAAAUGGCCCUUCUCCAGGUCGGAGCCCACUGGACCCUCAGGCCAGCUCUUCCUCUGGACUGGUCCUCCAUGCCACCUUUCCUGGCCACAGCCAACGCAGAGAGUCCUUCCUCUACAGAUCCGACAGUGACUAUGACUUGUCACCAAAGGCGAUGUCAAGGAACUCAUCGCUCCCCAGCGAGCAACACGGCGAUGACCUGAUCGUCACUCCCUUUGCCCAGGUUCUCGCCAGCUUGCGAAGUGUAAGAAACAACUUCACCCUGCUGACAAACCUUCAUGGAGCACCGAACAAGAGGUCACCAGCGGCUAGUCAGGCUCCUGUCUCCAGAGUCAGCCUGCAAGAAGAAUCAUAUCAGAAACUAGCAAUGGAGACGCUGGAGGAACUAGACUGGUGCCUUGACCAGCUAGAAACCAUCCAGACCUACCGUUCUGUCAGCGAGAUGGCCUCAAACAAGUUCAAAAGGAUGCUGAACCGGGAGCUGACACACCUCUCAGAGAUGAGCAGAUCAGGGAACCAGGUGUCUGAAUACAUUUCAAACACGUUCUUAGACAAGCAGAAUGAUGUGGAGAUCCCGUCUCCCACCCAGAAGGACCGGGAGAAGAAGAAGAAGCAGCAGCUCAUGACCCAGAUAAGUGGAGUGAAGAAACUGAUGCACAGCUCCAGCCUGAACAACACAAGCAUCUCGCGCUUCGGAGUCAACACGGAAAACGAGGACCAUCUAGCCAAGGAGCUGGAAGACUUGAACAAAUGGGGCCUUAACAUCUUCAACGUGGCUGGGUACUCACAUAACCGGCCCCUCACAUGCAUCAUGUAUGCCAUAUUCCAGGAAAGAGACCUUCUAAAGACAUUCAAAAUCUCAUCCGACACCUUUGUAACCUACAUGAUGACUUUAGAAGACCAUUACCAUUCUGAUGUGGCAUACCACAACAGCCUGCAUGCCGCUGACGUGGCCCAGUCAACCCAUGUUCUCCUUUCUACGCCAGCAUUGGAUGCUGUCUUCACAGACCUGGAAAUCCUGGCUGCCAUUUUUGCAGCUGCCAUCCACGAUGUUGAUCAUCCUGGAGUCUCCAAUCAGUUUCUCAUCAACACAAAUUCAGAACUUGCUUUGAUGUACAAUGAUGAAUCUGUGUUGGAAAACCACCACCUUGCUGUGGGAUUCAAACUGCUGCAAGAGGAACACUGCGACAUCUUCCAGAAUCUUACCAAGAAACAACGCCAGACACUCAGGAAAAUGGUCAUUGACAUGGUGUUAGCAACCGAUAUGUCCAAACAUAUGAGCCUCCUGGCAGACCUCAAAACGAUGGUAGAAACGAAAAAGGUGACAAGCUCUGGUGUUCUCCUCCUGGACAAUUAUACUGACCGGAUACAGGUCCUUCGCAACAUGGUACACUGUGCAGACCUGAGCAAUCCCACCAAGUCCUUGGAAUUAUAUCGGCAAUGGACCGACCGCAUCAUGGAGGAAUUUUUCCAACAGGGAGACAAAGAACGGGAGAGGGGGAUGGAGAUUAGCCCAAUGUGCGAUAAACACACUGCCUCUGUGGAAAAGUCCCAGGUUGGUUUCAUUGACUACAUUGUCCAUCCUCUAUGGGAGACCUGGGCAGACCUGGUACAGCCUGAUGCUCAAGACAUUCUAGACACAUUAGAAGAUAACAGGAACUGGUACCAGAGCAUGAUACCUCAGAGCCCAUCCCCACCCCUGGAUGAGAGAGGCAGGGACUGCCAGGGGCUUAUGGAGAAGUUUCAGUUUGAACUAACCCUUGAAGAAGAGGACUCUGAAGGACCAGAAAAGGAGGGAGAAGAAGGCCACAACUAUUUCAGCAGCACAAAGACACUUUGUGUGAUCGACCCAGAGAACAGGGAUUCUCUGGAAGAGACUGACAUAGACAUCGCAACAGAAGACAAGUCUCCGACCGACACAUAAUCUCCCUUUGUGUGGAGAUGAACAUUCCACCCCGUGACAAGCAUGCCAGCUGAGUGGUAGGGCCAGCCUACCGUGGCCAAGACCUGCACGGGACAAAGGCCACCUGGCCUUUCCAGUUACUUGAGUUUGGAGCCAGAAUGCGAGGCCGUGAAGCAAAUAGCAGUUCCAUGCUUUCUUGCUUGCAAGCUUGGCGGAGGCCCGCAGCUUGUAUGUGGUAGUAGAGGUCAGACCCCGUCACAGCUACAUGGCUUGAAAACAGAGGACACAAUGCUGAGAGAUUGCUCUGCACUAGGUGUUGGGAAGCUGUCCCGACAGGUGACUGAACUCACUAACAACUUCAUUUUUAAGUCCCACCCAUCCCGUUGUCUGCCAACCUGUGUGCCUUUUUUGUAAAAUGUUCUCGUGUCUUUGAAAUGCCUGUUGAAUAUCUAGAGUUUAGUAUCAACUUCUACACAGACAUGUGUUUAAAUUUGACACAAACUUUUUUGAGUCUUUCUGGAAAAAACAAAAAUGAAAGAAAACAAUUUCCCUUCUUUCUUGGGCAAUAUCUUUGGCUUUAUUCCAGUUAACUAUUGCGAACAGACAGGAAGAUGCACUUCUAACCACAUGCCACUUCCUUCUCUGUGCAAUCUGACGCCACAGUGGCCCCUGCAACUUAGAUGUUUGCCUGUUUUGAGCACUAUUUUCCCCUGUGAAAUCACUCUGCUUUGCUUUAAACUGAUGGAGAAAGCCUAGCAAACUAGGAGAUGG